AUGGGAAAGUUCUUUAGCAAACGUUCCUCCUUGCGCGCACGAGAUGACCAGGUCACAAAUGCAACUGACCUGACACUAAGGCAGUCGUUGCUCCCUUUAGCUCUGGUUACAAUUUUGUUUUUCCUUUGGGGCUUUGCCUACGGUCUUUUAGAUGUCCUCAAUAAGCACUUCCAGAAUACGUUAAAUAUUUCGCGGUCAAGAUCAUCGGGCCUCCAGGCUGCGUACUUUGGGGCAUAUCCCAUCGCAUCGUUGACAUAUGCUGGUAUCGUUUUGAGGAAAUUUUCUUACAAAGCAACAUUCAUGCUUGGCUUGACCUUAUAUGGGAUCGGUGCUUUAUUGUUCUGGCCAGCAGCGCUAAAGCGAUCCUUUGGAGCGAGUUUCCUUCCCUCCCGAGCCGGUUUUUGUGGCGCAACAUUUAUUAUCGGAUCCGGGCUUGGUACACUUGAGACUGCCGCCAAUCCAUAUCUGGCGGUAUGCGGUCCACCAAAAUACUCCGAGAUGCGCCUCAACUUUGCACAAGCAGUGCAGGCGGUUGGAACUGUAGUCGGGCCUGUCCUUGCCUCACAUGUCUUCUUCAAGAACGUCAAGGAUAACUCCCUGGAAUCUGUGCAAUGGGUGUAUCUUGGUAUCGCGAUUUUCGUCUUCCUCCUCGCAGGCGUGUUCUAUCUCGCGAACAUCCCCGAAAUUACGGAUGCCGACAUGGAGCGCCAGAUGGAACUCACCGGCGGGGUCUUCAUGGAGACAGACGGUAAGCCAUUGAAGAGCCAAUACCACCUCUGGUGGGCCGCUGGAGCCCAGUUCUGCUACGUUGGGAGUCAAGUCGCCGUUGCCGGAUACUUUGUAAACUACGUAACAGAAACCCGCGGCCACACCUCUAGCGCCCAGGGCGCAAACUUCCUCGCGGUCGCGCAAGGCUGUUUCGCGGUGGGCCGCUUCCUCGGAACGUUCUUCAUGAAAUUCGCCAAGCCGCGCUGGGUCUUCUUUGCCUUCUUCACGGGCGUAAUUGUCUUCCAAGCCGUGGCGGUCGGCGCGCGCAAUGACGCGGGUCUCGCCUCCCUCAACCUCGUCCUCUUCUUUGAGUCCAUCUGCUUCCCGACAAUCUUCACCCUCGGUAUUCGCGGACUAGGCAAGCAUACCAAGACCGGUUCCACGGUUAUCGUAGGCGCCAUUAUCGGGGGCGCGGUCAUACCCCCGCUACUUGGCGCUACAGCCGAUCACUUUAACAACACUGGCCCCGCGAUGUUUGUUCCAUUGGUCUUUUUCGUGCUGGCAUAUACUUUCCCGAUCGGGGUGAACUUUUACAAGCCGUUGGCGGAGUUGAUGGAUGGGUUUUUAGAGAGUAAGGUUGGCCAAGGGGAUAAAGGGUUUAACGCUGAAGAGGCGCAGGCAGCGGAGAUGGAAGAUAUGGGGGGUGGGAAGAGAGGGGAUGUUUAG